GUCCGGCUGUGAAAACUGUCCGCCGCUUCGCCUCCCUCCCUCCAACGCGGUCCGUCGUGUUUGAAUGUGGCGUCUUCGUGUGAUAGUUCUGAACUUGGCAAAAAACGAGUCUUUAACAAACAUCAGCAGAGCGGCGGGUGUGUCGCGGCUCUCCGGUUCACGAGCUCACGGCCGCAGUUUGCUCUCGGUCGACGACCCUCGCAUUAACCGGCGUUACAUGUCAAGUGAGGCGAAGAGGCUCCGCACAGACGACAUGAAGAUCGGAACUCACAACGGAACCUUCCACUGCGACGAGGUCCUGGCCUGUUUCUUCCUCCGCCAGUUACCCGAGUACAAGGAUGCUGAAAUCGUCCGCACCAGGGACCCAGCGCGACUGGCAGAGUGCGACAUCGUCGUCGACGUGGGAGGAGAGUUUGACCCGAAGAGGCACCGCUACGACCAUCACCAGAGGACAUUUGCGGAGAGCUACCACAGCUUGCAUCCAGAGAAGCCGUGGGUGACCAAACUCAGCUCUGCCGGCCUGGUCUACAUGCACUUCGGUCGUCAGCUACUCGCCCAGCUGACGCAGCUGAAGGAGGGUGGCAGGCAGCUGGAGGUGCUCUAUGACAAGCUGUACGAGAACUUUGUGGAGGAGGUCGAUGCCGUCGACAAUGGCAUUUCACAGUGUGACGGGGAGGCCCGAUACUCCGUCUCCAGCACGCUGAGUGCACGUGUCGGCCACCUGAACCCACGCUGGAACAGCAAGAGUCAGGACACCGAGGAGGGUUUCAGGAAGGCAAUGACAAUAGUGGGGGAGGAGUUCCUGGACCGUCUGGAUUAUUACCAGUCCUCCUGGUUGCCGGCUCGUGUGGUGGUGGAGGAAGCGGUUAAGGGAAGACAUCAGAUAGAUCCCAGUGGAGAGGUCGUCUUGUUCUCCCAGGGCGGUUGUCCCUGGAAGGAACAUCUGUUUGCCCUGGAGAAUGAGCUCAAGGUGGAGGCGCCCAUCAAGUUUGUCCUUUACCCAGACCAGAAUGGACAGUGGAGGGUCCAGUGUGUCCCCGCCGGGCUCAACACCUUUCAGAACAGGCUGUCCUUGCCAGAAGAGUGGCGCGGCGUUCGGGAUGAAGCGCUGUCGGAGCUCAGUGGGAUUAAGGGCUGCAUCUUCGUCCACGCUGGAGGCUUUAUUGGCGGGAACAAGACCCAGGAAGGAGCCCUGGAGAUGGUCCGGAGGACCCUGCAGGCUGCCGCCCAGUCCCCUGCAAAUGGAAGCAGCUGACCGGUUGGAGAGGGGAGCCAACGGCACAUGUUGUUCACAGGUUCAGUCUUUAUAGAGGAUAGCAAGGAUUCAAAUGUUAUUUAGCUGGCUUGCAGCUUGUUCGUCCCAGCCAGGGCUAAUGUUGUAAUGCAGCCAAAUAAACUUGGAUCAGUUCCCUAAAAACCUAUAUUUCAAAAAACACACACUCUGAAUCAUGAUGUUGAGUCAAGUUGUUCUUCUUCUCUUCUCCACUUGUAAUUACAAAUGUGUAUCUGUUUGUAAACGUGGAGCCAUUUUGUUUCUUUUCAUCCCCAAAAAACCCCAACAAUUUUUAAAGUUAAGUGUUCAAAGCUCCACAAGUGGUGGACUUGUUUGACCAUGGUGGAAUAAAUAAACGAGAAAAGGCUCUUAA